AUGGCAUCUACGCCAAAAGAGCUUGGGUGGAAGACAUCCAGCCUACUCCUUCCAGCAAAGCAACUCUGCUUCUCACCAAACGUGGACGAUCGCAUGAGGGGAUACACACUCAUCGUCUCGAUCUGCAGGGAAAACUCGCCGCUGGCUCCAAUAGAGAUACGAUGCCUCUGGUCAGCCCUCAAUAACCAUCUUAUCGAACGAGAAAGCCGUGCACUUGACCUUCAGCUCAGUGCUACAAAGCACCUUUUAAAGGCUGCGUCUGGGCUUCCGGAGCAGGUUCAAGUAAUCAACCAGGUCAUCUCAUUCACCUUCAACGACUCGGUCCCAGGUUUCCACGAUAUUGGUAGGUGGAAAUCGAGCAUCCGAUAUGGGGAGCUCCUACUUGGGCUCCUCGACCCUCUUAAUUACACAUUCACCGAGGCGCAGAGUAGAAAUUUAUUCUCGUCCCUCGAUCGUACAGUGCAGAACUCCCUGCGCAAGAUACGUGUCGGAGCCAUUUCCCCCAAAGAGCUUGUCUCGAUAGGUGCUGUUACUACCAGGUUCCUUCGAUUCCUGGAUAACGGACUCAGGCACCGUAUCAUAAGCUCGAGCUGCGUAUCUACACUAGUGCAAGCACUAUGCCAGUUGCUCGAAUUCUACGGCCAGGAUGAGCUGAAAACCGAGGUGCAAUGUCAACACUCUCGUCCGAUUUAUUUCGAACUCAUCAAGUUAGCAACUAGCAUGCUGCAGGACGACUUGUAUAGGGAGUCCACAUUUUCCACACUGGAAGACAUAUUACUUCCCAGCGUGAACAGCUUUGAUCCCGACCUAGCAAAAGGGGCUUUAACGCUCAUUGGCCAUUAUGUUUGGGACACGAUAUGGCCUAAAAGGGGGAAUAGUAGCCCUCCUGCAUCUGAGACACCACUGGAAGUCACCUUGGAUGUUGAAUGGCUUCUUGACCUGUUGACCAAGGUACCCCUAAAGUGGAUGAAUCGGACAGGUAGCAACGACAUCCUAGAAGUCUUGUGUCGUCUGGUCUGGAAGAUCUGUCACCAUGGAGGAUACGAGUUAAGCUCCACAUUGGCUGUGUUCUCUGGAAAGGUCGUCACGGAGAUGGGCAGAGUGCUUCAAGAGUUCAGGUACCCAAACGGAGAGAGACAUACUAUGAAUAUCCUGGAGAGUAAGACCGCUCCGCGAGGGGUCCUCGAGGUCCUCGAGUCAAUUUUUUGUCUUCCCAUGGAAAAAACUACAACAAACCCACGCCUCGACACCAUUAUGAUCGGCUUGGGGACUCAUUUCGAUGAUGGUAGUUUAUCCAGUCUCAUCACCAGCAUGGAAAGGAGACACUGCUUCGAUCCCAGUUCUGCCGACUGGUCAAUUCACUUAGGGACCCUUCUAUCAUUCUACAGACACAAUAUGAGUGGAUAUUCCAAAAGCCGCAGAUCAAUCGCAUCUUGUGUGGCUUCGCUCUACGACCAUCUAGCCGAACUUGAGGAUUGCUCCCAUCUGGAGAUUGUCAAAGAUGUCAUCGAGUCCUGGGAACUCACGCUUCCAGAAGAGGAGGACCAGGAGAUAUUAGAAUCAGCAUUUCACGUCAUGUCCGAGGAGAUCAUUCUCUCCCAUGAUUCAGAGGGAUCAUACUCGGAGCGAAUCCGAACACUCUGGACCAAACUGGCAAUGAAGGAGCAAUCUUCCUGUUUCAAACGAGUCUUGGCUAUCAAAUUCCUCAUAAUCACCUUUAAUCGACUCGCAUUCCCAUCUCGACGGUCGUUCAAAACCGUUCUGUCGAAAACGGAUCAACAACUGUCGGCAGCUGCUCUGGCCACCGCUAUUUCAUUGUUCCAAGAUCUUCUUGCACUCGUCGAGAUGACUGAGCACCAUGAAGGUAGACUGGUGGCCCGCCUAAACUGCCCCCCAGCUCGAAUAGCUAUAUUACAGUGGCUGCUGAGACUGCGGUCUGGAGCUCGACAUCGUAUUCAUAGCGUGGACGGUGAACUCACGGAGGUUAUACCUCUGGCAAAAUUUGCUGGUCGAUAUACGGGACAAGAUACGACACAAGGGGCCAAUGGAGAGCAGAGACAAGAGCAUCUGUCAAGGCGGAGAGAUUCGACCUUCAGCCUGAAAUCGUCCAUCUCAUCUGUCUCAAGGAGUAGCCCCGAGCUUCCCGAGGAUCACCUCACAAGAAAAGGGCCAUUCUGGAUGCUUCCAGAGGUCCUUGAUCCUCGAAUAUUCGAAGGGACGCUCUUUCCAACCACUUCAAUGUCAUCCUACGCGUCGUUCAAGGGGGAGAAGAGAGGCAAAUGGCUACCCAUUAGCUCAUAUCUAGCUACUAUCAUCGAAAUCUUACAGUCCGAUCCUGACUGGGAUAUUGUGUCCUUUGUCCUCUGCCAUCUCCCUCUUCAACUGGCGAAUCAGCACCUAUUCUGUGGCCCACGAGUAGACCCUAUUAUUUGUCGUCUGGUCGUUGCCAUUUGCGACGCCAUCGACGGGGACAGCUUGUACAAAAGGGUCACCAAGGAGAGGGAUAUCGGAGUAGGUCAAAAUGACGUCAACGCAAUACUUUACUCCGCAUUGGCAGUGCUAUUCAGCUACAAGGAGCGGUUCGCUGCAUACUCCAACAACCCUGGCUCUAUGUCUCUGCAGCAUCGUAUCGUUGACACCUUUGUCGCCGGUGUUGGGACUGGUUUGACGACGAGUAGACCGUGUCUCGAGGCACUUUCACUUCUCAUUUAUGCAAUGCCGGAAGCCUUGAAAAGAAGAUCGGCAGAUAUUGUCGAAAAAUUAUCACGGACGAUGACCAUUCGUGGAAUGGCCGUCCAUGUCCUCGAGCUCCUUAUUCUCUUGGGAUACAACAGGAAGCUAUACAUCGGUUCUUUCCGAAAGGACGACUACCAGAGGGUAUUUGGGGCAGCCUUGAUCUACAUUGAGGAGCACUACCGAGAACAGAAGGCCACGUAUCGUACGAACGAUGGCCGGGAGUUGUUCUCGCUCGCUCAACACCUUUUGAACGCAUCCUACCUCGUCAUUCAUAUCUGGUUCAUGCGUAUACGUGUGGAAGAUCGGCCGAGUUAUAUUCCAUUCAUCACAGACCGACUCAUCGCCGCGAAUCGAGGCAAAACCCCAUUACGAGCAACAACAAAGGUCUGCCUCGAUUGGCUAGCUAGAUAUACGUACGGGAAUGCCGACCCAAAGGUCACCCCUUCAAUGUUAUACCGAACUGUCGUAUGCCCUCAAGUCCCGGAAGGGUGGCAAUUCAGUGUUCGUCAACCAUGGCGCGAAAAGGAUGAAAAGGAACAAGAAAAUGUCGCGAAUUGCAAAGCAUGGAAGUUGGGAAGCUCGAUUAUCACUGUUGCCACCCUCAAGUCUGGUUGGAUAAGGAUGGGAGAAAGGUCACUCAAAGCGGCAGCAAACCUCGUACAGUUUGCGACUCGUGAAACCAAUGAGCCAACGAACGGGACUGACAAGGCCAUCAAGCAAAUACUCGCGACCGCAAUUGAGGAACAAAAUCAUCGAGAUGUUGACCUACCAGACGCAAUUACUGGUCUGAGUUGGAACUCUUUUGUUGACCUUCCCCCUCGGGAUACGCCGGAUCCCGCCAUUAUUACCCCAUUCCUUACAUCCUAUCCAUACGAUGAGGCUCGAAAACUACGUCGCUUCCCCGAUGUGAAAAAGCUUUGGCCUAAGCUCGAGCUUAUCGAUUCCGCUCCCGUGAUUGACACGCACAACGUCGGCGUCGUUUACAUCGCACCAGGUCAACAAACAGAGGCGGAAAUACUACGUAACUCUCACGGCUCUCCUUCGUACGAUCAGUUCAUCGAAAAGUUGGGUCGCGUUAUCAAGCCAAACGACAAUUUGGAAGUAUACACUGGAGGUUUACAAUCUGCAAAGCAUGGAAAUUAUGCUCUCGCCUGGUGGGAUGACAUUGGACAGAUUCUUUUCCACGUUGCAACCUUCAUGCCCUAUGUGGACGAAGGGCGCUGGAAAAAGGCGGAGAUCGGCAACGACCCGGUCAAGAUUAUCUGGAACGAUGGCGGCAGACCCGUUCCCUUUGGAUUAAUGCCCAGUCAAUUCAAUCUGGUCAACAUUAUCAUCGAGCCCCAUACGAAACUGCCUCGAGCAGUGUAUGAAGGUGGUUGGCCUUGGCAUGCCAAUUCGUCUUUCAAAGUUUUGCUACAAACAGACCCUCGUCUGCCACACAUUACGCCAGUUGGAGACUUCAAAAUAGUGGCUUCUGAACACCUUCCUCGUCUGAUUCGACACUACUCUCUACUAGCCAGCCUUUACUGUCACGCAUAUGUGAACACGGGCAUGGAUGAGGACUUUGUAUAUCCUCUCAAUACGAACUGGCAACAGCGGCUCAGAUAUAUCGACCAGACGGAAAGUUUGCUCGACCCAAAAGUUGACAUCAACGAAUAUAAGCACGGUUUACCGACUACGGACGUGUAG